ACCACCAACUUUUUCGAGGAUCGAGCUUGUUGACCAAAACAUUCUCACCAGAACUGCAACAGUCGACCAAAAAAAUAAAAAAAAUAAAAACCAAACCAACAACCAAAAUAUCAUCAGAAACGAAGCAACGAUGGAUGAAGACUUCGAGAAACUAGAGAGACUCUCACUGGUCAACAGCAUCACCAAGGAACUUCACAAUCAUGUCGGACUCCAGGAUAGCACCCUAGCAGAGUAUCUAAUCUCCCUGCACGAAGAAUCGGCCUCAUUUGAGAAUUUCAAAGCAAAACUACAAGAGAUCGGUGCCGAGUUCCCCGAAAGCUUCGUCACUAAUAUGGAUCGACUCGUUACCAGUCUACAUCCCAAGUACAAGAAGAAGAAACUCGCAGCUGAAGGCAAGGGGAAAGAGAAGGAGGCCGAUCCGGCGGGAGACGAGGAAGAACUCGAACGGAAAAAGAGACGAGCUCAGGCACUAUUCCCCGCCCUGGCACUUCCUGAUCGCUCCUGGGAACCCAGUUUUGUCCCCGAUACAAACGACCCAACUGGGAAGAACGCUGCGAGUGCGGAUAAUUUACUCGAAGAGCUGGAAAAUGUCGCGAGAAGGCAUCGGGAACUGCAAGCGGUUCGCGAAGAAGAUGAAGUGGAAGAAAAUGACUCUGAUUACAAUCGUCCUUCGAAGGCACCCAGACGAGACCGAUCAGCAAGUCGUGAAAGAGGGAGACGCUCCCCGGAGCCUAGAUCCGGACGUCUCAGAGAUGAUCACUCUGGCGGCCGUUUUAAUGACCGAGGUCGACAACGCGACAAUGGCUAUAAUAAUAGAGCCGCUAAAGCACUGGACACUCGCCCAGUUCUCUACAAAAUUUACGACGGAACCGUGGCCUCGAUCAAAGACUUCGGAUGCUUUGUCACUUUGAAAGGCGUCUCUGGAAAAGCCGAAGGAUUGGUUCACGUUAACGCUAUUGCAGCCGGCAGAGUCAAUCAUCCCUCCGAUCUGGUGUCCAGAGGACAACCCGUCAAAGUCAAAGUGGUUUCGAUUGCAGGCGAGCGGAUAGGAAUCUCAAUGAAAGACGUCGAUCAAAACACUGGAGCAGAUCUGACACCCCACCUACGAAUCAAGACCGAUGCUGAAAUGGCUGAAGAAGAAGCUCAAUAUGCCGCUCGUCACGUCAACCAUAGCACGGGUGCUGGUUUUGCAGACGACAACCGUUCUUCCAGUGCUCGUCGUCUGACCUCACCCGAACGAUGGGAGAUUAAACAACUGAUUGCUUCAGGAGCGGCCAGCGCUGCCGAUUAUCCCAACCUCGAUGACGAUCUAACCACUCCAGGUAGCACCAACGGGAUGGCGGCAGCGGCGACGGCAGAGGAGGAACUCGAUAUCGAGAUGAGAGAGGACGAGGCCCCGUUUCUUAAAGGUGCUCAUCGCAGGGUCCUCGACUUAAGUCCUGUUAAGAUCGUCAAAGCUCCCGAUGGCACACUCAAUAGAGCUGCCUUGGCUGGUGCCGGUUUAGCUAAAGAACGACGUGAACUACGUCAACAAGAAGCAAACGAGCGAGCGGAUGCAGAAACUCAAGAUACUAGCACGGCUUGGCUCGAUCCAGUGGCCAAACCGCAUGAGCGACUUUUCGCCCAAGAUGCCAGGGACAAUACGAUGGGGAAGAAACAGGAAGAGUCUGGUUGGAAGCAAGCUACAUUCAAUCAAGCCACAACAUAUGGUAAAAUCACUUCUCUCAGUAUUACGGAACAGCGGGCCAGUUUACCCAUCUACAAACUACGAGACGCACUGGUGAAGGCCGUCAAAGAAAACCAAAUUCUCGUGGUCGUUGGAGAUACUGGAUCGGGCAAGACCACUCAAAUGACCCAAUAUUUGGCGGAAGAGGGCUUGGCAGACGAGAAGAAAAUUGCCUGUACUCAACCUCGUCGAGUCGCCGCCAUGUCGGUGGCUAAGAGAGUAGCUGAAGAGGUGGGCUGUCGGUUGGGUCAAGACGUCGGUUAUACCAUUCGAUUCGAAGAUUGCACAAGUCCAGAAACGAAAAUCAAGUACAUGACAGAUGGAAUGCUUCAAAGAGAAGCUCUCGUUGAUCCUAACCUAUCAGCGUAUUCUGUCAUCAUGUUGGAUGAGGCGCACGAAAGGACGAUUGCCACAGAUGUGCUGUUUGGCCUCCUAAAAAAAUCCAUCAUGCGUCGACCCGAUCUCAAAUUGAUCGUUACUUCAGCUACACUGGACGCCGAGAAAUUCUCGAAAUACUUCUACUCCUGUCCGAUUUUCACUAUCCCUGGCAGGACUUAUCCGGUCGAAAUCCUGUACACCAAAGAACCUGAAAGUGACUAUCUUGAUGCCGCACUAAUCACGAUCAUGCAAAUCCAUAUCUCUGAGCCACCGGGAGAUAUACUUCUGUUCUUGACUGGACAGGAGGAGAUCGAUACGUCGGCUGAGAUAUUAUACGAGCGGAUGAAAGCUUUAGGAUCGCAUGUACCAGAGUUGAUUGUCUUACCGGUUUACUCGGCUCUGCCUUCGGAGAUGCAAUCCAAGAUUUUUGAUCCGGCCCCUCCUGGAGCGCGAAAAGUGAUCCUCGCCACGAACAUUGCCGAAACCUCGAUUACAAUUGAUGGGAUUUACUAUGUCGUCGAUCCUGGGUUCGUUAAACAAAAGGCGUGGGACCCUCGACUGGGAAUGGACUCUUUGGUCGUCACUCCGAUCUCACAAGCUCAAGCCAGACAACGCUCUGGUCGUGCUGGUAGGACGGGACCGGGAAAAUGCUACCGACUCUAUACUGAAGCCGCAUAUCGAAACGAAAUGCUACCGACCUCGAUCCCCGAUAUUCAGCGUCAAAACUUGGCUCACACUAUCUUGAUGUUGAAAGCUAUGGGAAUUAAUGAUCUGUUAAACUUCGAUUUUAUGGACCCUCCUCCCCAACAAACUAUGAUCACCGCAUUGGAAAAUCUUUAUGCUCUCUCUGCUUUGGAUGAUGAAGGUUUGUUGACGCGUUUGGGUCGGAAGAUGGCUGAUUUUCCGAUGGACCCCGAAUUGUCGAAGAUGUUGAUUGCAUCGGUUGACUUGGGUUGCUCAGAGGAAGUCUUGACGAUCGUGGCUAUGAUCAGUGGUGCGACAAAUGUAUUUUAUCGACCGAAGGAUAAACAAGCACAAGCAGACGCCAAGAAGGCCAAAUUCCAUCAACCAGAAGGUGAUCAUCUCACACUUCUGGCGGUUUAUGAAGGCUGGAAGAAUAGCAAAUUCAGUAAUCCUUGGUGUCACGAAAAUUACAUUCAAUCGCGUGCAAUGAGAAGAGCCCAAGAUGUCCGGAAACAAUUGUUAGGGAUUAUGGAUCGAUAUAAACAUGAUAUUGUGUCAUGUGGGACGAAUUACGACCGGGUCCGUCGAGCGAUUUGUUCGGGUUAUUUCAGACAUGCGGCUAAGAAGGAUCCGCAGGAGGGAUACAAGACUUUAGUCGAAGGCACUCCGGUCUUCAUCCAUCCAUCUUCAGCGCUCUUCAAUCGUGCCCCAGAAUGGAUCAUCUAUCAUGAAUUGGUCUUGACUACCAAGGAAUAUUGUCGCGAUGUGACGGCUAUCGAACCCAAAUGGCUCACCGAAGUGGCGCCUACUUUCUUCAAAGUUGCGGAUGCUAAAACGAUGUCUAAACGAAAACGAAACGAGAGAGUCCAACCUCUGUUCGACAGAUUUGCCAAGAGCGAAAACGAUUGGCGGAUCUCCAAAGUCAAACGGAGCACUCGGACAAGUCAAACCUUUGGUUGAUCUGCUCUUUUCUUACCUGGUUACACACACCAUUUCUCAUUGCAACAAAAGAAAACGAACAAAUCAUCGUCAACUGGUCAUGUAUAGAUAUACAUGUGCAUACUUAUGUAUCUAUACUCUUAUUGGUUUCGGAUGUAGAGAUACACAAAUAUGCUUUCAAAUCACUCUGAACCAAAGUCAUAGCCGAUCCUUUUUGAAACUAACAAAGAAAAUCGAUUCUUUAUAUCUCAAUCUGUAAAAUAACACUUGCUCAUCCAUCCUUACUACAUAAUCAUUUAUACAUUAUCAAUUCUUUCCCAUCUUUCUUUAGAAACCAUUUUUUUUUUUUUUCAUUCUCUCUCUCUCUCUUGUUUCUUUCAAUGAAGUCUUACUUGAAAAAUAUCGUGUCUUUUUUUUUCAAGGGGUUGAUAAUAUACUGAUUUUCUCUCAUGUAUGUUGGGUUGGGAGGUAAUGUAACCAUUUACACGGCCUCCCGCAUCUCUUUGAUCCUUGCCCGAUCCCCUAAUUACAACAUGUCAACCUCCAAAGGAAAUAACAGGAUGGCCAUAAUUGUAGACCUAGUUGUACGUUUUCCCUGCCAUAAUCGGUCCAAAGCCCAAAAGCCGCA